AUGGCAUUUUAUCAAGACCAUCUCGAUUCCUUUGAUCAAAAUAACAAUAGCAACAUAAAGAAGAACAAGGGCAUCAUAUCGAGGAUGAAACGAUCGCUUUCAACAAGUGGCAGGCCUCCAGCGCCAAUACCACUUCGAUUGCCUUCAUCAUCACAGCAGUCCGUCUCCAGUAUGUCAACACUGGACAGCCCCUCUGCCAUGCAACGCAGCUUCAGCCCUAUUCCCAGCAAUCUAUCAAGCCCAAUACCUACAACAACCACAGCUACCUCUCUCUCAUCAACAGCGAUGGGGAACAGCCAUUCCACCUCUUACUUUGGCCCAUCGCCAACAAUACAUCUCAGCUACGAGACAUUUGCCUCUUCCUCUGCCUCCAGUCUAUCGAUCCAGUCGUUCCCAGCAGAUACAUUGACAUCGACAAGGUCUUCUGUUCGUGAUACAUUAUCAUCCACCACAAGCCAUAAAAUACCGUCGAGCUCGUCCUUCACGUCGCUCAAUGUGACCAAAACCGAAAAACUGCAGGUCAAAUCCAUGUUUGAAAGUCGACUGAUCGAGAACGAAAAGGUGGCUAUGACCAAACUCGUGGAUGCUGAACCCAAGACGCUUGUGAAUAAGCAAAAGAAGCCGACCAAGGAUGUAAGCUACGCUCCUGCGCCUGCCAUGUACUGGUCAUGUCCUGAAAUGUAUGGCACACGACCGCCCAAAUUAAGAGCUCAUGCAAGUGUUGUGUAUAAUGGCAAGAUGUUUGUCUAUGGUGGUACGAGCAAAAAUAAGUGUUCAGACACUCUGUACGUUUUGGAAUUAGACACAUUUACUUGGUCCAUGCCCCGAGUGUAUGGCAAAGUGCCUCCCGCUUGUAGGGCGCACUGCUUGUUAGCCAACCCAAGCAACGGCAAGAUAUAUCUCUUUGGCGGAGGAGACGGACAGAAAUACCACAACCACUUGUAUAUAUUGGACACACACACCAUGAUAUGGUCGAGGCCAAAGACACUCGGCCAAAAACCUUCUGAACGACGUGCACACAUCACUGUACUAUGGCAGCAUGCCAUUUACGUUUUUGGUGGUGGCGAUGGCACCAAGGCGUUGAAUGAUGUACAUCGUCUCGACUUGAAAACAAAGGAAUGGACAGCAAUAGAUACCAAGGGAACCAAACCAACAUGUCGAGGAUAUCAUACAGGCACUCUGGUAGGCAGUAAGCUGGUUAUAUUUGGCGGCAGUGAUGGCAAGGAGUGCUUUGGUGGUAUUCAUGUGCUGGACUUGAAAACGAGUGUCUGGCAUCCUAUUCAUUUAGAUGAGCAAGUACCCAGAUUAUCACAUUCUGCUAUCUGUGUAGGCUCCUUUUUGUUUGUCAUUGCUGGUCAUGAUGUCAAUAUGAGUUGGGAAACAAGAGCCGUGUACGGUCAGGCACCUACACCUUGUGGUUACCAUACCACUGUAUUAUACGAUAGCAGAAUAUUCUUGUUUGGUGGCUAUAAUGGAUCCAGCUUCUCUAAUGAUGUUUAUAUCUUGGAUUUGAGCUCAUAUGCUUAUUUGCCUCAAAUUGUUAAUUUCACGAUUGAUACCUUUUAA